ACUUUGUCCUGGGUAACGCCCAGGUACAGUCCCUCUACCCCAUCGUCUACUGUUCUGACGGCUUCUGUGAGCUGACCGGCUACGCCCGCGCCGAACUGAUGCAGAAGAGCUGCGCAUGUCAUUUCCUGUACGGGCCGGAGACCAGCGACCAGCUGACGGCGAAGAUCCAGGGGGCAUUGGACGACAGGGGGGAAUUUAAGAGUGAGCUGGUGUUCUACAAGAAGGGAGGUACCCAGUUCUGGUGUCUGCUGGACAUCGUGCCCAUUAAGAAUGAGAAGGGAGAGGUGGUGCUGUUUCUGGUGUCCCACAAGGACAUCACUGACAACAAGAAGGACCAGGACCCAGAGCAAGGCCCAGAGACUGAUGAGGAAACGGGUCUGGAAGUGCACAAGGUCACCCGUCCCCCAGGCUUCAACACCAACCGCAGACGCAGCCGGGCGGUGCUCUACCACCUGUCUGGACACCUGCAGAAACAGGACAAGAGCAAGAUCAAACUCAACAACAACAUGUUUGGGGACAAGCCACCCAUCCCAGAGUACAAGGUGGCAGCCAUUCAGAAGUCCCGAUUCAUCUUGCUCCACUACGGGACCUUCAAGGCAGGCUGGGAUUGGCUAAUCCUGCUGGCUACCUUCUAUGUGGCAGUCACGGUGCCCUAUAAUGUGUGUUUCACUGUGGUGGGGGGGCGGGACGAAGGGAGCUCUGCCCCCCGCAGCCCCCCCAGUGUGAGUGACAUCCUAGUGGAGAUCCUCUUCAUGCUAGAUAUUGCAUUGAACUUUCGGACGACCUUUGUGAGCACGUCGGGCCAGGUGGUGUACGAUGCCCGUUCCAUAUGUGUGCACUACGUCACCACCUGGCUGUUUGUUGACCUCAUCGCUGCCUUGCCAUUUGACCUGCUCUAUGCCUUUAACGUCAGCGUGUACUUUGGGGUCCACCUGCUGAAGACAGUGCGGUUGCUGCGCCUGCUGAGGCUGCUCCAGAAGCUGGAGCGAUACUCCCAGUACAGUGCUGUAGUCCAGCUCAUGUACUGUUGGCUCCACGAGUUGGGAAAGCGUCUGGGCACCCCUUACUUCCUGUCUCCCCUUACUACUUUGGCUCCUGGUUUGCUGCACCCCGCCAUUGUCAACGCCUUCCCGGCCAACAGUAGCCAAUGGAACGUGUCCGGGUUGGAGCUAGCAGGGCAGGACUCGUGGAACUCCAGCCAGUGGAACGUCACAGGGACUGGGGCGGGGGCCUUGGCUGGUGGGGUGGGGGUCGGUGGGGGACAGGGUGGAGGGAUUCUGGGUGGGGGUCCAUCAGUGAGGAGCUCCUACGUGACGUCUCUGUACUUCGCUCUGAGCAGUCUGACCAGCGUGGGCUUCGGAAAUGUCUCAGCCAACACCGACUCUGAGAAGAUCUUCUCCAUCUGCACCAUGCUCAUAGGAGCCCUGAUGCAUGCGGUGGUGUUUGGUAACGUGACUGCCAUCAUUCAGAGGAUGUACUCUCGGCGCUCCCUCUACCACACCCGUACCAAGGACCUGAAGGACUUCAUCAGGGUCCACCGCCUGCCCAAAGCCCUGGAGCAACGUAUGCUGGAGUGCUUCCAGACAACCUGGUCUGUUAACAAUGGCAUCGACGUCAGUGAGUUGUUGAAGGACUUCCCAGACGAGUUGAGGGCGGACAUCGCCAUGCACCUGAAUAAGGAGCUGCUGCAGCUGCCGCUGUUUGAGUCGGCCAGUAGGGGGUGUCUGCGCUCCCUGUCCCUCAUCAUCAAGACGUCGUUUUGCGCCCCGGGAGAGUUCCUCAUCCGCCAGGGAGACGCCCUGCAGGCCAUCUACUUUGUCUGCUCCGGGUCCAUGGAGGUGCUGAAGGACAACACUGUGCUGGCUAUACUAGGGAAAGGGGACUUGAUCGGCAGUGAUUCUCUGACCAAGGAGCAGGUGAUCAAGACCAAUGCCAACGUGAAGGCCCUGACCUACUGUGACCUGCAGUACAUCAGUCUGAAGGGGCUGAGGGAGGUGCUGAGGCUCUACCCAGAGUAUGCUCAGAAGUUCAUCUCCGAGAUACAACACGACCUCACAUACAAUCUCAGAGAGGGCCACGGAGCUGACGUUGACUGGGAGAGUAACGGAGGCCUGGUGAAGAAGCUUUCUUCCAUUAAGGAGGACGAGGAGGGUGAUGAAGAACAGAGCUCUGUAUCGUGUGCCCCCCGUUCCCCUUUACGUCUCACCAGGGUUCUUAACUCGCCCCUGCGCUCCCCCCUGCUGCCCCCUCGGCCCUUCCGCCCCCCCUCAGAACACACCCGCCCCGCCACCCUGCAGAUACCUGUGGUCAGCUUCAGCAGCGCACCGCCGGAGCUUAGUCCCAGGUAG